UCGUGCGUUUCGUUGUCCAUCAAUGUCGGCACUCAAACCACUAUCUACGUACACUCUCGUCUCGUGAAAAAAGGGAAGAGGAAAGAAGAUACACAACAGUGCAAUUCUUACCGAAAUGGCGGAUGUGAUUAAAUUAUGUUGCAGCAAUUCGAAUAGGACGAUGAUUUCGUCCUCGUUGCUCAUCUCUUUCUCCUCGUCUUUGAGUUCGUGUCCCCACACUCUGCGCCGCCCAAGCUUGGUUUCGAUUCCGGCCGCUUCUUCUGCCGGCGGUGGUUUGGCUUCGAGACAUGGAAACAACAAAUUGGGGCUUUUUAAGAUAAAGGCAGCUGUAACCGAAACCGAGCAGCCAAAAUGGUGGGAAAGAAAUGCAGGCCCAAACAUGAUCGACAUUCACUCAACACAGGAGUUUUUAAAUGCCUUAAGUGAGGCCGGCGAGAGGCUAGUGAUCAUCGAGGUCUACGGAACAUGGUGCGCAUCUUGUCGAGCAAUUUUCCCUAAGCUCUGCCGAACAGCGGCUGAGCAUCCCGACAUCGUGUUCUUGAAAGUGAACUUCGACGAAAACAAGCCCAUGUGCAAGAAACUCAACGUAAAGGUCCUUCCCUAUUUCCAGUUCUACCGCGGUGCAGAUGGACUGCUCGACGAGUUUUCUUGUUCCCUAGCCAAAUUUCAGAAAAUUAAAGAUGCCAUUGAAGUGCAUAAUACGGCGCGAUGCAGCAUCGGCCCUCCUAAAGGUAUUGCAGAUCUAAACCUCGAAACUCUGACGACGCCGACGACAAAUAAUCCCGAGGAAACGAAAAGGUAGUUUUCCAUCAAGAGAUUUGUUUAUAUUAAAGGUAGCAAAAUACUGCUGCAUUCUUUUUACAAAGUUCUUGUCCAUGUUAUAAUCUUAAUUAUUAGUAUACUCCUCCAUCCGCUUCUAA